AUGGUCCGACGCUCAUUAGUACCAACAACAUAUUCCCCAGAGAUAUGGCUUUUACUUGCAUCUUCUCCUCUUUUCACUCCAGUCACUGCUGCCAUCAAUCCUGUUCAUGACGAGUCUACCAACCAAUGGUCUAGUCUUACUCGGCGCAACUUGUUUCCAUCGGCUCCUAGAAGCGCCUCGGUACCAACCCCUGUGCAGCCUCAGGCUACCGCUACCACCCCCAGCAACUCCGCUUGCGUUCAGCCGCCACUUAACAACAGUACUUGGAUUCAACUGGGGAUAGACAACUAUUUAGCCAAUUUACCUAAUGGUGCCUCUUUGAAUCUCCAGCACUAUGCAGCUUCGGUUGGAGCUCCUGACUUCAUCUGUGGCGUAGGAGAAAAGUGUCAGGCUGGGCAGUUGUGCAGCCCAGUCCAAGCACCUGGUUGGGAAGUCCUAGUUGCAGCCCAAGAAUGGAACAACUAUCAGAACAAAUUUUAUGAAGCCGUGGGCACUGCAGUUCAAAUGGUCACAUCUAUUUCUAGCUCGCUUGUGGUUGACUUGUACCCACCUAGCCACACCGGUGGGAUAUGGGAUUUAUUCUCGAGUUUCAAUUUGGCUGCCGCUGUCACUGCCGGUUUUAUUGACAUGUUCGCCCUCUUCUCCGGAAUUGCCAUUGUCACUGCAGCCAGUGUUCUUGCGAUCGUGACCUUGAGUGCCACGGCAACUAUAUUCGGAGGCGCUGGUAUCAUAUCAAUACAAGAGGCAAUAAAACAUCGCGGACCUAAUGCAUUUGAUAAAUUUUCCGUCUACGCCUUUUAUCUUUCCGAAUGGCAGAAACACACCCAAAAAGGUAUUGCAAACUCUACGAGAAGUAUCAUUGCUUCAGGUGUCAGUUCCCCCCAGGGUAUUUCAACAGUUUUGAAGAACGGUACCUUCUUUCGCGAGCGCCCCAGCUUGAAUGAAGCCGAGUUAGUCGAAAACCUGAAAAACACCACCACGGUUCGCAUCAUGACGGAUAUCCUUAGAAGCCAAGGAGCAUUCGUGACGAUCCAAAGUGGUAAAUGUACUGGAAAGGGUCCAGGUGGAGCUUGGAAAACCCACAACCACUUGUCUUACUGCUCUCCCAAUGGAACGAUGUUCAACAUCAUCCACUCCGGUGGUAAAAAGAAGGUUCAUAACACGUGGUGGAACGCCGACCUAAUUUCCAAGAAAUACGGAAUCUCCGUUCGAUACCUAACCGAACAAUCCUACUUCUGCCAAUUGAAUCAUGGCGCGUCGAACUUUGACCCCUAUAAAUCUAGAACCCUUCAAGUCCCGACUAGGUAA